AUGUUCCUCAUCACCGCCCAUCUGAUCAUCCUGAGCCUGCUGGCUCUAGCAAGCAGCUUACCACAUCCCAUUGACAGCAUACAACACAUCAAGCGCUCCCAACCCCCCAAAACACGAAGAACUACCAUCGGCGGCCACGGCGUGGUGAUACUCCCAGGCGGCGCACCAGCCGAAGUAAACGGGGGGAAACCCACAACCAAGAUCAGUAUCGGGGGGUCUACGUACCAGGUUGCGCCUGGGGUUGAUACGGUGAUUGAUGGCGUGCCGGUUGAGGAGUAUACGCCGGGGGAUGAUGAUGGGGGAGUACAGGGGAUUGGGGAAGAGGAGGUGAGUGAGGGGAAGAAGAUGGCUGUUGAGUUUGCGGAGGCGGCGGGGAGGAUUUUGGGGGGAAGGGAGUACACUAGGGAGUGA